ACCAGAGCACAGCAAUCCCGCGUACACACUAUACACGACUCUUGUCUCCGUUAAAACGGACUAGGAGGAGGGACUACGAGCACUACGUGCUUGAAGAACCGUUCAAAAUUGACCACAGGAAUAUUGGACACCUGGAAAUCAACACAUAUCGUCGUCUGAGGAGCAGUUGUCGCCUUUUAAAAAAAAAUCGGUUUAAAUUUAUCGUGAUGUCCGCUUCGCAGUUUUUUUGUUGUUGUCUGUUACAGUGUUGAUAAAUAUUGCCACAUCGCUAGCCAGCAAGCCAACAUCGAGCAAACCGGAGUCAACCACCAACACCUCGAGUUGAAUGAAGACGCUUUGCACGGGCUGUAGCCUGUCCCGUGUAGAUAAGACAGCUGUCUAACGUUACUGUCGCUAGUUAUCUGAAGUGCAGAGUUUUUUUGUUUGUUUCAUUGGCCUGCUAGUUCUCUCAUUGGUAUUGGUGAAGAAGAGACGAGCAGAUAUUGAGGACGGUAUUGAUUGGAUAUCCAUGAGCUCCGAUUUCCAGCACUACAGUUUCAGGAUGCCUAAUAUUGGGUUCCAGAACCUUCCCCUCAACAUCUACAUUGUGGUGUUUGGGACCGCCAUCUUUGUCUUCAUCCUCAGCCUUCUCUUCUGCUGCUACUUGAUAAGGUUAAGGCACCAGGCGCACAAGGAGCUGUAUGCAUACAAACAAGUUAUACAGAAGGAAAAGGUCAAAGAGCUAAAUUUGCAUGAGAUAUGUGCGGUGUGCUUGGAGGAGUUCAAACAGAAAGACGAGCUGGGGAUUUGCCCGUGCAAACACGCCUUUCACAGGAAGUGCCUCAUUAAGUGGCUGGAGGUGAGGAAGGUGUGCCCGCUGUGCAACAUGCCUGUUCUGCAGCUCGCCCAACAGGCGGGCGUCACCAUCGACGUGCCCAUACAGCAGCACCUGCCAGGCGUGGAAAAUCUGGUGUAGCGCAAACCGCAGUGCUCACACACACACACACACUACACACACAUGUACAGGUACACUUAUGCCUCGAUCACACCGACAGCAUCAUUGCAUUUUUGGUACACCAGAAGUACAUUCAUUUCCAAUGGAAUGCUGUGUUUACCUGGCAUACGUUCGAUGCUGCAUCAAAUUGUAUGCGUAGGCGGCUUGACAGAAAUGGUAGCAGAAGGGGAAUGCUGAAAUUUGUUGCACACAUAUCCAGAUGAUGCUGUGCACCAUUUUGCGCAAUGACUCUGUAGGUGCGAUCGAGGCGUUAUAUAUGAUUAAAAGACAGGACAGACAAUGGAGGAACACAACAGUGUUACGAUGCGGACAUGGACUCACGGCGACGAAGAAGUGAGUCUGCUGCCUCUCCUCCUCUCAUCUGUCUGCCUUGGUGGAUUCACAUAAUGAUUUUUUUAUAUAUAAUUACGGUUCUUUUUAUUGACAAUUACAUUUUUUCUUGUGGACACAGCCGUGGUCACUAUUCUGACCGUUUCACAACCAAAGCACUUUUCUGGGGACACCAGCGCGUGACGAAUAAGAGACAUAAAAACCAACAACUACCACACGUUGAUAUGAAAAUGGCUUCAUCGUUUCGUUUUCUUUUUAACGACUAAACUUGUAUUUUUUUUUAUUUUUCUACAAGCACUUUAAACAUUUUACUCAAACUUAAAUUGCUUGUGAGGUUGUAGUAGCAACAAGGUCAUUUUAUUAUUACGAUUAACUUUUUUUGUGUGUACAUACAGAGCCACAUGAGUUAAUUUUAUAGUUGAGUGAAGAUUUUUUUUUUUGGGGGGGGGGCAAUACUAUCUUAAAGGGACAGUAGCCUCCAAAUGAAUUGACUUUGGGAUGCUCAAGGAACUGCAGAAUUCUGUGGCCUGAUCCUCCCUCUCACUCACACAUGCAAAAAAAGGAUAUUGGAGGUGUGUUUAUGAAGGGAGGGUCACCCCAACCUCAGUACUUGGUGUUUAAACAACUUAAUGUGAAUUAAGAGAGCAAAGGGUUCGAAUGUGGGGUUGUGACUAGGAUGUGAUUCACCGGUGUAUCCGACUCUGCGUCCCCUCUUGCAUAUGAAGGUUGUACAGGUUCUUACUCACUGCACACCUCAGCGUCUGCGUUCCCAAAUGGUACCCUAUUCUCUAAAAAGUGCACUAUUUGGGACACAGACUUUAUUUACCACAAGGCUUUUCUGUGGCCACUUUCACGGUCUGCAUCUGUCAUUACAGAAAAAAACAGUUACUAUUCUGUUUGUGAACUAAUUGUUAAAACGCAACAAUGCAGAGGUUGUAUUUUCAUUGAAAGAUUUUUCACUCCAAGGUUUUUAUAAGGGUCGACUCAAAUUAAAAUAUUGGAAUUACCCAGAUACACACUCUCAACUGUGGAGGGGUCCUGGCCUCAGUCACUUCCUGUGGACGAGCGACCAGGGAAGUAAGAGUAACCCAACACCCCGAGCCCAUGGCACCCCUAGAGCUAACAUCCAAUCAUAUGCCUCUGUUCUUGUUACAUAAGAACCCCCCAGCCCGCAGCGCUCCCAAAGCAUUACUCAUUCAGCUUGUGGCAACGGAGCGCUAUGAAAACGCAUAGUUGGAAGACUCCUCUUUUGGUUUUCUAUGUUUAAAAAUACAUCCCUCUCUUGCUGUCCUCUGGUUUGAGUUUGAAUGAGGUUUAGCCUGAUGUAAGUCUAAAACAACUAUCCCAAUCUACACACUAAAUAGUGAACAAGAGUACUUCAUAUAAUGACGAGAUGAAUUAUAUUCCAUAUGGUCUCCGACGUGAUCAUGUCUAGAAUCAUAUAUUCUAUAGGCUAAUCUUUAUGAAACCUAGAACAAAUACUGGUCCACUGAGGCAGGGGGUUCUUAAACUUUUCUAGUUUGAGCCCCAAAUUAGAAAUUGAUCAUCCUCCCCUGACCCAAAUGGUCCUCCAACAACCCAAAUGAAGAAGAAAUGGGGUGUGAUUAUAUUCUCACAUGCCCAGAGCCCACUUUGGGUCCCGACCCAUAGUUUAAGAAACCCUGCACUAAGGCAUUGUUGCAUUUUGACUGCUAUACAUUAAACGUAUAAAACCAGACAAGUUUGCUCAGUUCAUUGCAUUUCCAACUUUUGACACAGAAUGAUGGUAGUGAACGCUACAGGGCUACACAGCACUGCCUUGGAACGUGAACGGCUUGGUGAAAUGUAUCAAGCUGUGACACUAUGCAAACUAAGCAACAAACCCCGUCUAGUGUUUGCGAGCCCUUACUGAUGUCGUAACAGGAGCACCCGGAGAUUCACUUCAUUCUCAAUUCAGUCAACGAUUCAAAGCUGCUUCUGUGAUUAGUAAUUACUAAACGCUAUUUAGCUUUAGCUUAACAUUGAUCUAAUUAGGCUGAGGGAUGUAGGCUAAGCAUCUAGUUCAAAUCCUGGCAGCACUCAGCAUAUCGGUCAACACACAUACGUACGUUCCCAGUAGAUGUCAUUGAGCUGGUAUAGGCCCUGGUCAGCAGUCGUAGAGAAUAGCAGUGUUUUAGCAGGCUCAUUCUAGUGCUUUCCCCAAUCGCUCUCUCCACACUGGUGUUUUGUUCACCACUACACACACGCACACCAACCCCUCUACCCUUGUGCUUUGUUCCACCACCUUUUGUGGGAUCACUGUAGUAAAAGUGCUGUGUGAUAGUUUGGAACCGAGGGGGAUAGUGUCCCAUAGGUCAGGGGUCAGCUUGUGUCAAAGGUCACAGACUAGAUCUAGGUGAUGGGUCAUAAUAAUGCCGUUCAAUACAACUUUAUUUAUAAGGCAGCCUGGUCUGUCCUAACAGGUUCGAUUUGGUUCUUCCCUCCUUAAGUGUUUGUAACUUUUCAGGAACCCGGCGUUUUCAGUGCUGAGCAUCAGGCCCAGCUCCAGAACCACUGUGCUUGUGUCUCCUACAAAUGGAAUGGUAUUCUUAGAAUUCGAGUCAUUCUAUGAACUGUCUUCCAUUUUUGAAGUGUUAAGACCACAGAGUCAUCAACCACCCAACGAAAUUGACUGUGUCCAUUGGCUUCACUUUCGAACAACAACCGAGCGGAACGUUAGCCUACUGUAGCUAGCUGGUGAAAUGAAUAGUUGAACAUGUUGCCGCCAAUAUCAGAAACAAUGUCUCCCCCGCCUCACCCAAUAAUAUCUGUUGUAUUUGAGGAGGAUGACAAUCUCGAUUAUGAUAUUUUUUUUACUUGUGCUUUUACUUACGAUGUGUGUUUACUUUGGCCAUUUGUUUGAA